AUGCCUCGUGGCAGGCCGCCCGCCGCACGAGAGGCCCGUAGUCGCCCUAAUGAUGACCAAGGUGGGGUCUCCCUUACGAAAGACAUCUUGCGAUAUUUUACUCAUUGCAGUCCACCAGAUGCACAUAAUGCUCGUACCUCGAUUGAUAAAAGCAUAAAUAACACCGCCCUGGCGUCCCAUAACCAGCUUCGAACUUCGAAACGAAAGAAGGUGGAUCAUGUCUUUGAGAUUGAUACGAUUGAAAUCAAUACCCUCACUGCGGCGACCCCGACACCUCAGAUAAUGAAGAACGUCAUCAUACCAGCGUCCCGCUCAUCCCUCGGAUCUUCGUUGUCGAGUGUCCGAGGAUUAUCAAGCGAGAGUGAUCUUACCCCCGCAACAAGCGUUGCCGUCACCCCUGUAGAGUCUGUCAGUAGAAGUAUACCAAAAGGAAAGCGCAAGCGGACUGCAGAAGAUGAUUUAGUAGAGGCUGACGAGCGCCUCGCGUUUGCUCUACAACAAGAUGAGUGGAGCGUUGACGCAGCAAACAAAUCCGUAUCCACCAGGCAUCCGUUCCAGGUCACCGAUUCAGAUGACGAACUUAGUGAAAUCAGCUGUGGAUCUCCUGCAGACAUCCAGAAACGUGAUGAUGACUUACCACUGCCCAAGACACGAAAUGAUUCAGCAGCAAGAGCAACCUUUUCGUCUAUAACGGAAGGUGGCAGCGCGCGAAAAGCGACUAGAUCUAAGCUUUCACAGUUGGUACAGGAUAGCGAGGGCGAAGGCGAGGGCGACUCGGACCUCUCGGAAGCUUCGAUUUUUACCCUCCUCGAAACCGAAGCAGGUGACUCAGACGAAUCGGACGUUUCAGAGGCUGACUGGGAUGCUACUAAUCAAAUUACUCAAACAUCUUCGAACGUGGCUGCUGUUGGUGCUUCAACACCCCGAGCCAUCAGCACGACUGUAGUCCAUCGUCGGCGUGGAAGACGCGGUCAGACAAACAACCGACAGCGCAGAACAAGAUGGGAUGGCAUGAAUGACCGAGCGGCGAGAGAGCGCAAGAAAUUAGAGAAGGCCCACCCAGAGAUCUUGACUAUGUGGGACGAGCUUCGUGCUGUACCCCGUAUCGCUCCGACGCCAGCUGAACAACCAACCACAAUCACUCGUAAGCUCAAAUCCUUCCAACUUGAAGGACUUGACUGGAUGGUUAAACAAGAGAACUCCCAAUGGAAGGGUGGCUUGUUAGGAGACGAGAUGGGCAUGGGUAAGACUAUUCAGGCAGUCUCUUUGAUCAUGUCCGACUAUCCAGCCCGAGACCCUACUCUUGUAGUCGUCCCCCCUGUUGCACUCAUGCAGUGGCAGAAUGAAAUCGGUCAGUACACUGACGGCAAACUCAAUGUUCUCGUGUAUCACAACACCAACCCAAAGGUCAAGAAUAUGAAGGUCAAAGCACUUCGAGAGUAUGAUGUGAUCAUGAUUUCCUACUCAGGUCUUGAAUCGAUCUAUCGAAAGGAGUCGAAGGGUUGGAAGCGGGAGGACGGGUUGGUCAAAGAGAACAGCAAAAUUCAUGCUCUUCACUACCACCGCCUCAUUUUGGACGAGGCUCACAACAUAAAGACAAGGACGACUUCCGUGGCAAAAGCUUGUUUCGCCGUCAAAGCUGAUUUCAAAUGGUGCUUGUCAGGGACUCCGGUGCAAAAUCGCAUUGGCGAGUUUUUCUCGCUGCUCCGAUUCUUGCAAAUUAAACCAUUCGCUUCAUACUUUUGCAAGAGCUGUCCUUGUGCCCAGCUUCACUGGAAUCAAGAUACGGAGAAGAGAUGCUCCACCUGCCAGCAUACCGGCUUUCAACACGUUUCGAUCUUCAAUCAGGAAUUGUUGAACCCCAUUACACAACAAGGGGACCCCCAGCUUCGUCGUGAAGGUUUACAGAAAUUACGAUUGAUAACUGAUCGCAUCAUGCUUCGUCGAAUGAAACGAGAUCACACGGCAUCGAUGGAGCUGCCACCAAAGAAGGUUGUCAUCCACAAUGAAUUCUUUGGCGAAAUCGAGCGCGAUUUCUCUUCGAGCAUCAUGUCCAACACUAGUCGACAAUUUGACACUUACGUUAGUCGUGGUGUUAUGUUGAACAACUAUGCGAAUAUAUUUGGUCUGAUCAUGCAGAUGCGUCAAGUCGCAAACCAUCCGGACCUAAUUCUUCGCAAACAUGCGGAAGGUGGUCAGAACGUCUUGGUCUGUUGUAUCUGCGAUGAAAUUGCCGAGGAGCCGAUUCGCUCCCGAUGUCACCAUGAAUUUUGCAGAAAAUGUGCCAGAGAUUAUGUCAAAACAUUUGACAACGAAAUGCCCGACUGUCCACGAUGCCAUAUAUCUUUGUCUAUCGACUUCGAUCAGCCAGACAUUGAACAGGAUGCAGACAACGUCAAGAAGAAUUCUAUUGUCAAUCGUAUCAAGAUGGAGGAUUGGACUUCCUCCACCAAGAUCGAAAUGCUCGUCUACGAUCUUUACAAGUUGCGGAGUAAAAAGCAGACCCAUAAAUCGAUUGUCUUUUCACAAUUUACAUCUAUGUUGCAGCUUGUGGAAUGGCGCCUUCGACGAGCUGGCUUUAACACAGUCAUGCUAGAUGGCAGCAUGAGCCCAGCUCAGCGUCAGAAAUCGAUCGACUAUUUCAUGACCAACGUACACGUCGAGGUUUUCCUGGUGUCUCUGAAAGCCGGAGGUGUUGCUUUGAAUCUAACGGAGGCUUCAAGGGUUUUCAUAAUUGACCCGUGGUGGAACCCAGCAGCAGAGUGGCAGUCUGCAGACCGUUGCCAUCGUAUCGGCCAAAAGCGUCCUUGUGUCAUUACUCGUCUUUGUAUCGAAGACUCUGUCGAGUCGCGUAUGGUGAUGCUGCAAGAGAAGAAGGCAAAUAUGAUCAACGGGACUAUCAAUAACGACGAUGUUGCAAUGGAGAAGCUAACGCCAGAAGAUAUGCAAUUCCUGUUCCGCGGCGGCUAG